AAAAGAACUGUUGUUGUUCUACUGCCUUCUUUACAGUUUUCAGUUCGGUAAUCGGCGCGAUGAUUUAAUGAUUGUUUUCUCAACCGAUAUUUUUUUCGUUCGAAAGUGUAUUGGUUUUUGUGAAUUGUGUUUUCGUCGGGUGAUUUUCGAAUAAUUUAAGAAAAUUACAGUGCCAGUGUUUGGAAUAUUUAUUUGGCGAUAUAGUUGAAUCGUAUCCGCGAACAAAUGUGCACGACGAUAAACCUGUUAUCAUUUUACGACGAGCCCAAGUGGUCGGACAUUAAUCAUAUAGAUGAGUUGCAUAACAAAGAAGUAUAGCACUUAACAACAAUUUACCAUACAACCUCAGACAAAUUUAUCAUCUAAGAAAAUGGCUGCUGGGUCACCCCACGAUUUAGAUGGUUUUUUACCUCUGUUAUCAACUUCUGAUAUAAGAAUGAAAGUAACUGUUGGUGGUAAAUUAUUUACUUAUUUAGAAGAACCUAGUAAUUCUGUUGAAUGUUCUGAUAUUGGAAUGUUUAUUGAUGGGGUUGUUCAAUGGUUAUCAAAUAGCAAUCCCAAAGUUACUCAAUAUGGAAUUGAAAUAAUAACACAGUUGAUAACUAGAAUGAGAACGGAUUUUAGACCAUAUAUUUCUACUGUAUUACCACUAGCUGUCGACCGUCUUGGUGAUAGUAAGGAUUCAAUUAAAGUCAAAGCACUUUUUCUUAUUAUGAAAUUAAUGGAAUGUGAUACAAUUAGCCCUCAGGCAUUAUUUGAUAAAAUAUCAGCUAAUGCAUUCUAUCAUAAAAAUAGUAAUGUAAAAGAAGGAGCUAUGAAGUUAUUAUUAUCAACUGUUGAAGAAUUUGGUGCCAAUUGUAUCACUAUAUCAAAAAUUGUACCCAUGAUUGUAAAACUUUUAAGUGAUCCUAAUGUUCAAGUAAGGCAUAAAGCAUUUGAAACACUUGUUGAUUUGUAUAAACAUGUUGGAGAAAAAUUACGUGUUGAUAUACAAAAAAAAUAUACAAUUCCACAAGGUAAAAUGACCGAUCUGAUGAAUAAAUUUGAUGAUGCUAAAGCAGCUGGAGAUUUAUUGCCAACUGCUUUUGUUGGACUUAGCUUAGCUGAUGAUGAUGAGACUGAUCGUGCUUGUAUGUCAGCACCUAGACGCAUUCCUGGUAGUGUUAAAAGACCUGGUUCGUUUUUUCCUCCAAAUUCUGCAACACCUUUACAACGAACUGGUUCUGUAAAAAAACCCAAUUCAGCGUCUUCUACCUCUUCUCAUGCUGGUGCUGUUGAUGAAGAUACUUUUAUUCGAUCCUUUGAAGAUGUUCCUACAGUACAGAUUUUUAGUGUACGAGAUUUAGACGAUACUAUGAAAAAAUUACAUGAGUCUAUCCAAGAUGGUAAUGAACAAUGGAAUAAACGAGUUGAAUCAUUAAAAAAAAUUAGAUCACUUGUAUUAACUGGUUCAACAAAAUAUGAAGAGUUUUUCAAUAAUUUGAGGUAUUUAGAACAUUCCUUUCAAACGUCUGUCAAAGACUUGAGAUCUCAGGUUGUUAGAGAAACAUGUAUUACUAUAGCAUUUUUAUCUCAACGUUUGGGUAAUAAAUUCAAUCACUUUGCUGAAUCAAUUUUUAGCAAUUUAAUUGAUCUUAUACCAAAUUCAGCAAAAGUAACUGCUUCAUCUGGAUUAAUCGCUAUAAGAUUUAUAUUAGAACAUACUCAUGCUCCUCGUAUUAUACCUAUUCUUGCAAAUAGUCUAGGAUCUAAGUCAAAAGAUAUUCGUCGUGCAUGUUGUGAAUUCUUUGAUCAAAUUUUACGUACAUGGCCAACUCAAGCAUUAGAAAGACACAUCACAAUUCUUCAGGAUUCCAUUAAAAAAGGUAUAGCAGAUGCUGAUUCAGACGCUCGAGUGUUGUCACGAAAAUCUUACUGGGGAUUUUGUGAACAUUUUCCUGAACAAGGGGAAAUAUUAUUAAAUAAACUAGAACCAGCAUAUCGUAAAGUAUUAUUAACAAAUACCGGAUCAAAUUCAUGUUUACCAAAAUCUGUAAUGGCUGAAAGUACAAGAUUACCUUCUCGUCGUCCAGUUACUCCACAAAGUAACAUUUCAAUGAGAUCAAGCAGUGCCAUAGAUUUACAAGCUGCACAAAGGGCAAAAGCUCGUGCUCAAUAUGCAGCACUUGCUAGACAAAAAGUUAAUCCCAUGGUGUCCCCUCAAUCUGUUACCAAAAAACCUAAUGAAGAUAUGCAUCAAUCUGAAAGAAUUGGGAGAUCAAGAGGAAGAGUAUCAAUAUCUCAACCAACUAGUCGUUCAGGAUCACCAUCUUCAAGAUUUACUUUUGGCCAACCAAAAUCACGAAGAGGCAGUUCUGGUAUACCCAGAUCUCAAGAUACUAGUAGAGAAGCUAGUCCUAAUAGGUAUAGUUCCCUUGGAUCACACACAAGUAAUAGAAGGCCACCUAUUUUGCCUACGUCUAGACCGAUAAUGGCUCAGAAAAUAUUAAUGCAAAGUCGAGAAGCAGAAUCUGCCCUGGCUGAUGCUCUUGGAAGUACUACUGGUCAUAAAUCACCAAGAAAAAUAUUAGGAAGAUCAUUAGAUGAUCAUAGCGAUGAAAGUGAGACAUCUAGCAUUUGUUCUGAGCGCUCAAUUGAUUCUCAUCGGCGGCCUUCAGAUUCAUUUUAUUGGAAUGGAUCACAACAUCGCUUACAUAAAGACAUUUGGGAGAACUCUAGUUUAGAUAUAGAUGAUAUAAUAUUGAACUGUGAAAGUUCAAACUGGAAUAAUCGCAAGGAAGGCUUAGUAAGCUUACAAAGAUAUUUGCAACAAGGAAAUAUUUUAAGUGAAGUGUUAUUAAAGAGGCUAACAGAUAUAUUUACUAAAAUGUUUAUGGAUUCUCAAACAAAAGUUAUAAGUCUGUUUUUGGAUGCUCUAAAUGAAUUAAUUGUUACCCAUAGUCAGUAUUUAGAGCACUGGUUGUAUAUACUUUUAGCCAAGUUAUUCAAUAAAGGAGGUUCUGAUAUACUUGGUUCUGUUCAUUCAAAAAUAUUAAAAACAAUGGAAAUUGUAAGAUUAUCUUUUCCUUGUGAUUCUCAGCUAACUGCAGUGUUUAAAUUUCUCACAGAUCCUACACAAACUCCUAAUGCCAAAAUGAAAAUAUUUGCUAUGAGUUAUAUAUCAAAAUUAGCUGUUACAACAGAUCCAGGAUCAGCAUUUCCUUCUGCGGCAGAUGGUAAAAAAGAUUAUGCUACUCUAGCUUUAACAAAAAUGAUUGGAUGGACUAUGGGUAAUAAUAUAAAACAAGGACCUGAAUUAAGACGUGCUGCUCAAGAAUCUAUUCUUGCAUUGUACAGUUUAAAUGCAUCUCAAAUCACAUUAAGAUUAUCCCAGUUACCAGAAGAGUAUCAAGAAGCAGUUUCUGGACUCAUUAAAAACAGAGUGAGAAGAAGUAGUGUUGAUCAAUUAAUGUCUCCAAAAUAUCAUAAUCGACAAUCCCCAACUAGUCUUGCUUCACCACCUUUACAACAAGACAACACUGAUGCUUUCAAUUCAGAAGAAAUUUACAAGUCAUUAAAACAAACCACUGCUGAAAUACAAAAGUACAGUUUAGAAUGUCAUUAUACAGGAGAGAGAGAUGCUGCUUCUUAUGACUCUGGAAUAAGUCAAAUGUCAGUGCGUACUGAAACUGAUAAUCAUAAUUUAAAUGGUUAUAAAAAUGGUCAUACUACAAACACAGAUGGAAUUAUCAAAAUAUUAGAUGAUUUAGAUAAAGAGAAUCUUCAACUGGAUUAUAAACAAUCAAAUUUAAACCGUUUAAAAGAAUUAAUUAGAGAUGGCCCUUCUGAUCUUCUUGUUAAAAAUUUCAAAAAAAUUAUUAAAGUUGUUUUGAAAUUAUUAAUGGACAAUGAACCAAUUGUACGAGAACAAGCUAUUAUUUUGAUAACGUAUCUUGUUCAAAAGCCAGAAAUGGUUACUUGUUUUUACAAUUUCACUGAAUUAAUUAUAUUAAAAGUACUAAACAUGUGUUGUGAUCCCUGUAAACCUGUUGUAAAAGUUGCUGAAGAAUGUUCAUUUGCCUUAAGUAUCUCUUUACAACCAGAAACAGUGGUUAGAGUAAUAACACCAUUGAUAUCGGCAAAAGAAUUUCCUGUUAAUUUGAUGGCAAUCAAGAUGAUGACUAAACUGGUUGAUAUGUAUGGUAGUCCUCCAGUAGCUCUUCAAAUGAAGGAGAUAAUGCCUGGUUUACUACAAGGCUAUGAUAAUCCUGAUAGUGCGGUUCGAAAAUCAGCUGUUUUUUGCAUGGUUUCAUUACAUAAAGUAUUUGGCGAACAGGAAUUUGCACCUCAUAUAUCAAGUUUGAAUGGCGCCAAGCUCAAGCUGUUGAACUUAUACAUUGAACGUGCUCAACAGUCUUCUCCAACAUCGCCUAAAACAACUUGUAUACUUAAAGUGUCGAAAGUUGCAAAAAUGUCGCAAGCAGCCUUUGAAAUAAGCGAAUUCGAGUUAUUGAACGCGAAGAAUUCGUGGAUAUCCAAGUCUUGUCUAAAAGAUACCAAUAAAGUUGAAUGCCGACCAGUAUUACCUGUUAAAGACGAAAAAAAUGUUCUUGUGACUUCAGCAUUACCAUAUGUCAACAAUGUUCCACAUCUUGGCAAUAUAAUUGGUUGUGUUUUAUCUGCCGAUGUUUUUGCGAGGUAUUGUAGAUUACGUGGUUGGAAUACAUUAUAUAUUAGUGGUACUGAUGAAUAUGGUACUGCAACUGAAACAAAGGCCUUAGAAGAAAAGUUAACACCGCAACAAAUCUGUGACAAGUAUUUCAAUAUUCAUAGUGAAAUAUAUAAGUGGUUCAAUAUUAGUUUUGAUCAUUUUGGUAGAACUACAUCAUCGAAACAAACUGAAAUUGUUCAAGAAAUAUUCAAGAAAGUACACAAUAAUGGCUAUACUACUACUGCAUCUAUGGAACAACUUUUAUGUGAAAAUUGUGAUAGAUUUUUAGCUGAUCGAUUUGUUGAAGGAACAUGUCCUCUAUGUAAGUACGAGGACGCUAGAGGUGAUCAGUGUGAUGGUUGUGGUCAUUUAAUAAAUGCUACUGAACUUUUAAAACCUAGAUGCAAGGUUUGUCAAAAAACACCAGUUAUACGUAGUUCUCAGCAACUUUUUUUGAAUUUACCCAAAGUUGAAGCUAAACUCAACGAUUGGGUAGAUAAAUCUGGCGAUGAUUGGUCUUAUAAUGCCAAAGUGAUAACUAAGUCUUGGUUGAAAGAUGGUUUGAAGGAGAGAUGUAUCACAAGAGAUUUAAAAUGGGGAAUUCCGGUUCCACUUGAAGAUUUCAAGUCAAAAGUAUUUUAUGUUUGGUUUGAUGCACCAAUUGGCUACAUGAGUAUGAGUGCUGCUUAUACAUCAGAAUGGCGUAAAUGGUGGCAACCAGAAGACGAUACUAAAAUAACAUAUUAUCAAUUCAUGGCUAAAGAUAAUGUGCCUUUUCAUUCCGUUAUGUUUCCAGUAUGCCUUUUUUCUACUGAACAAAAUUAUACAAUGGUCAAUCAUAUAAUGGCAACAGAAUAUUUGAACUAUGAAGAUGGUAAAUUUUCUAAGUCCCGUGGUAUUGGAGUAUUUGGAAAUGAUGCUCAAGAUACAGGGUUGCCUGCUGAUGUUUUUAGAUUUUACUUAUUGUUUGUCCGUCCUGAAUCUCAAGAUAGUUCAUUUAGCUGGGCCGAUUUAGCUACUAAAAACAAUUCUGAAUUGUUGAACAAUUUAGGAAACUUUUGUAAUAGAGCUUUAUCAUUCUUAGAAAAGUUUUUUGAUUGUGUUGUUCCUGAAAUUCAAUUAGGACAUGAUGAACUCACUUUAUUAGCAUUAGUAACACGUGACCUCAAAGAAUACAUAAAUAUGUUGGAUAAAGCAAAACUUAGAGAUGGUUUACGACUCAUACUUUCAAUUUCUCGUCAUGGUAAUCAAUACAUGCAGUUCCAAAAACCAUGGGUGUUAAUAAAAGGAUCAAAUGAAGAAAAAAUCAGAGCUGGUACAGUCAUUGGACUAAGUUGUAAUUUAGUGUGUUUACUAGCCGUUAUGUUACAACCUUAUAUGCCACAAACUGUUGAUGUAAUUGGAAAACAGUUGAACAUUGAUAUCUCUACGUUUUUAUUAAAUAACUUUGUAUCAGUUUUCUUGCCACCAGGACAUAAAAUUGGAAAACCAGCUCCAUUAUUUGAAAAAAUUGAUCCAUCAGUCGUAAAUCAAUUAAAAAGUCGCUUUGCUGGGAAACAGAAAUCACAGGAAAAAGAAUUAGCAGUGGCUUCUGGGUUGGAUCUUAAACAAAUUACAACUGUAGAACAAAUGGAAGAAGCUAUUUCUAAACAAGGAGAUACAGUGCGACAAUUAAAGCAAAGUGGAGCUCAAAAAGGUGAAUGGGAACCGUAUGUCAAAACACUAUUGGAGAUGAAGAAAAGUUUAGAACAAAUGAAAUUAGCUUCCAAUCCAAUAUCUAUUGAAGAUUUAGAAGAAGAAAUUUCCAAACAGGGCGACAAAGUACGAAAACUAAAGGAAGCAAAAGUUGAAAAAAGUGAACUACAGCCUGAAAUUGAUUUACUGAUACAAUUGAAAUCUAAAUUAUCUAUAUCAAAAGGUAUUCCAGUUGAAAACGGACAAAAAAAGAAACAAAAACCAACUAAAAAAUAAACUAGACUUUAAUUUUCACUGUGCUGAAUUUCGUUCCUUAAUGCUAUGAGAUAAGAUAACAGUAAUUUUUUUUUCAAUCCUGUAAUUUAAAAUACAUUUUCUAAUUAAAAAUUUGAUUAAUUUUAAUUCCUAUCACCUAGUAUUUCUCUUUAAAAUAUAUUUAUUUUAUCUGACUGUCGUAACAACUAUACUUAUUGCAUAAAAAUUGUAUUAAUUUAUAGUUAAAUAAUUUUUAUUUUUAUGACCUA